CAGUGCGGGGACACCAGCCUCGGCUCCAACCAGCCAGUCAGUUGCUCGCGGUGUCUGCGGGUUGGUGUCCGGGCCGCCGGCUUCGCGCUAGCCAUGGCGCCCUGGCUGCGGCUCCUGUGGCUGCUUGGGCUGCUCCCGGGCGCCGCCCCCGCGCCUGCACCCGCCGAGCCCCGGGCCGCCGGCGCGGUGGUCUGGGAGCCUGCGUCCCGGGAGCUUUUGGGGCCCGCCCGCUUCGCGCUGGACGCGUACAACCGCGGCCGGGCUGCGGGGACUCAGGCGGUGCUGGAGACCGUGCGCGGGCGAGUCCGUCGGGCCGGCCAGGGUUCGCUGUACUCCCUGGAGGCCACCCUGGCGGAGCCGUCCUGCGAAGACCUCAUGUUGUGCCAGAUCCCUGUGUCCAAGAUAACCUUGCUCUGCAGCUUCGAAAUCCUGGAGGAGAUGGGAAAACACAUGCUGUUGAGGCGAGACUGUGGCCCUGUGCAUCCCAAGGUUUCAGAUCUCAAAAAUGAGACUUUUAGUUCAGUCCUUCCACUGUCAAGCAAGGAUCCCCUUCCCAAGAAGUUUGCUAUGAAGAUAGCUUCACUCUUCAAGAAGUUUGUUGCCACCUAUAACCGAACUUAUGAGUCAAAGGAAGAAACCCAGUGGCGCUUGUCUGUCUUUACCAGAAACAUGAUACUAGCUCAGAAGAUCCAGGCCCUGGACCGUGGCACAGCUCAGUAUGGGGUCACCAAGUUUAGUGACCUCACAGAGGAAGAGUUCCGCACCAUCUACCUGAACCCCCUCCUACGAGAGCACCCUAGCAAGACGAUGCGCCAAGCCAAGAUUGUGCAUGACUCUGCCCCACCUGAGUGGGACUGGAGGAAGAAAGGGGCUGUCACCGAAGUCAAGAAUCAGGGGAUGUGUGGGUCCUGCUGGGCCUUCUCUGUCACAGGCAACGUGGAGGGCCAGUGGUUCCUGAAGAAGGGCACUCUGCUUUCCCUCUCAGAGCAAGAGCUCUUGGACUGUGACAAGGUGGACAAGGCCUGCAUGGGUGGCUUGCCUAUCAACGCCUACUCUGCCAUCAAGAGUUUGGGAGGGCUGGAGACAGAGGACGACUACAGUUACCAGGGCCACAUGGAGGCCUGCAACUUCUCAGCAAAGAAGGCCAAGGUCUACAUCAAUGACUCAGUGGAGCUGAGCAAGAAUGAACAGUACUUGGCGGCAUGGCUAGCUGUGAAGGGUCCCAUCUCCAUUGCCAUCAAUGCCUUCGGCAUGCAGUUCUACCGUCAUGGGAUUGCCCACCCACUACAACCCCUCUGCAGCCCUUGGUUCAUUGACCAUGCCAUGCUGAUCGUGGGCUACGGCAAACGCUCUGGUGUUCCUUUCUGGGCCAUCAAGAACAGCUGGGGCACUGACUGGGGUGAGGAGGGUUACUACUACCUGCAUCGUGGGUCCAGGUCCUGUGGUGUGAACGUCAUGGCCAGCUCAGCGGUGGUAGAGUGAGGAGCCAGUGGUGCAGGACCUGGUGCUGACCAGAGCAGCUCCUUCCCUGGCCUGACCCCAUGUCCAGGUCCUCCCCAGGAGGCACAGCUGCCUGAUGGAGGGGUGGGUGCUGGGAACCUUACAUCGAACAGGGGGGUGUUCUACUUUUGUCUAACCUGCUUCUGCCGGAAGCCCCCCACCCCCAGAUGUACUUUUGUUGAAUUGUGGUGUGGCAGCUAGGACCCUGGGGUGAAGAAUGUUUUCAGAGCAGCCAAAGCUGAGGCAGGUAAGGAGCUGGGCUUGGGUAAGGAGCACAAUGAAAAUAUUCCCAUUGUAAACCCAGCUUGGUCCUCAGCAAGCUCUGGCUCUCCUCUGAUGCUGUAAAUAUCCUGAUCCCCCUGGAUUUGGGGAUACUGUCCCUUCCACAUCCAAUAGCCACCCUUCUCUCACAGCAAUAAAGAGGUGUUCAAGUUCCCAGUA